AGCCUUAGCCUCACUAUCCCAACUCUAUCGCUACAUUCGACUUCAUCAUCAUCAUCAUCAACAUCCUCACCACAUAGUAAUCUUCCUCAGGUAGCGCAACUCAUUGUACAAACGUUCUAUCGUCUCCUUAGAACUUGACCUACGACAUAAAAGACUUUAGUUCUCCUCAAAGGAGCCCUAGCAACCAUGGCGCUCGACAAUUACUACCACAACAAGAUCGAGGCGAUGAAGCUUGAGAUUCUUAAGGGCCAAGCUGUUCUUCGGCGUCUCGAAGCCCAGCGAAACGAUUACAACUCGAGAGUGCGAUUGCUAAGGGAAGAACUAGGUCUUCUGCAGCAGCCCGGGUCGUAUGUUGGCGAAGUGGUCAAGGUGAUGGGAACGAAGAAAGUAUUAGUGAAGGUGCACCCAGAAGGCAAAUAUGUCGUCGACGUCGCCGAUUCUGUAGAUAUUGCGAAGCUCACAGUAGGCAAGCGAGUAACGCUAUUAUCCGAUUCCUACAAGCUCGAGAAGAUCCUCCCGUCCUCCGUUGACCCUCUCGUCUCUCUCAUGAUGGUGGAGAAGGUGCCCGACAGUACAUACGAUAUGAUUGGUGGUCUAGACCAACAAAUCAAAGAAAUCAAGGAAGUCAUCGAGCUGGGUCUAAAGCAUCCCGAACUGUUCGAGUCCCUCGGUAUCGCACAACCGAAGGGUGUGCUUCUAUAUGGACCUCCCGGUACGGGAAAGACGCUGUUAGCUCGAGCUGUUGCGCAUCACACAGACUGCAAAUUCAUUCGAGUCUCCGGUUCGGAACUCGUGCAAAAGUACAUUGGUGAGGGUUCUCGUAUGGUUCGUGAACUGUUCGUAAUGGCCCGAGAGCACGCACCCUCAAUUAUAUUCAUGGACGAAAUCGACUCUAUCGGUUCGUCGCGAGUGGAGGGUUCAUCGGGCGGUGACUCGGAAGUGCAACGAACCAUGUUGGAACUUCUCAACCAGCUAGACGGUUUCGAGCCGACCAAAAACAUCAAAGUCAUCAUGGCGACAAACCGACUGGACAUUCUAGACCCUGCUCUACUUCGUCCCGGUCGUAUUGACCGCAAGAUCGAGUUCCCACCGCCAUCAGUCGAGGCCCGAGCCGAUAUUCUGCGCAUCCACAGCCGCAAGAUGAACCUAACAAGAGGCAUUAACCUAACCAAGAUCGCCGAGAAGAUGAACGGCUGUUCUGGCGCCGAACUGAAGGGUGUCUGUACGGAAGCCGGCAUGUACGCUCUACGUGAACGAAGAGUUCACGUCACACAGGAGGAUUUCGAACUAGCCACAGCCAAGAUUCUCAACAAGCACGACGACAAGGAGGUUUCACUCCAGAAAUUCUGGAAAUAAGCUUGGCAUGUCUACUGCACGAUGUCCUUAUGCGAACUUGCUACGAACCUUGGUAUGGCACUGGAGAUGAAAUCGACGAUGACUUGGGCGGAGUCAAAGAUACUACUUUUGUAAAGUGUACAAUAAUCCUAGAGACAAAGCAAGAUAGGCGAGACCCGUCCAUUGGGGCCUCGUUAUUUCAAGAUGAUAUGCAGGCGUUACACGAUUGCAACUGCUCUCCGUGCUUAGUGAUUCUAGUUUGCUCUCGACCCCGUAUAGCCUAAUGUUAUAAUGGUGUAAAUAUG